AUGGCGAGACUCACUGAUGAUGCCGACUACGAUGUCGGCGAAACAUUUGUCAGGACAAGCUCACCACUUCAGCUGAUACCGCUCCCUUGUCUGUGCUCCGCUUCGCCUCGUUAUGCCCGUGAUUCUCGGCUACUGGAAUAUACGCGGUCCCCCAUACGGUUGGCUCUCCAUUUUUACGGGGAGGAAUAUAGGGAGGAGCUUUAUGAACAAGGAGACGCUCCCAACUUUUCAAAAGCUGAAUGGAAAGAUAAAAAAGAUAGUCUUGGUUACGACUUUCCAAACGGAUUGCAUAAGGCUGUGUUCCUUACUUCGCUUCCUCGUCAUCUUGGCCUUUUGAGCAAUUAUCUGGGUUCCAAGAAGUGGAUAUCUGGCGAUAAGGUGCGUACCUUCCUACUUAUUUAG